UUUCUUUUUCCUCUCCGCUGCUGGUAACAUGGCUUCGUUUGAUCAAAUGCGAGCAAAUGUGGGGAAACUGCUGAGAGGUAUAGACAGGUACAACCCAGAGAACCUGGCUACCUUGGAACGCUAUGUUGAGACCCAGGCAAAGGAAAAUGCCUAUGAUUUAGAAGCAAAUCUAGCAGUGCUGAAACUCUAUCAGUUUAACCCUGCCUUCUUCCAGACCACAGUAACUGCUCAGAUCCUUCUGAAAGCCUUGACCAACCUGCCCCACACAGACUUCACUCUCUGCAAGUGUAUGAUUGAUCAAGCUCAUCAAGAGGAACGUCCCAUUAGACAGAUUCUGUACUUAGGUGACCUUUUAGAAACAUGUCAUUUCCAGUCAUUCUGGCAAGCACUGGAUGAGAACUUAGAUCUUAUAGAUGGUAUUACAGGCUUUGAGGAUUCAGUAAGGAAAUUUAUCUGCCAUGUUGUGGGAAUCACUUACCAGCACAUUGACCGGUGGCUUUUGGCAGAGAUGCUGGGAGAUUUGUCAGAGCCCCAGCUCCGAGUGUGGAUGAGUAAAUAUGGAUGGAUGGAAAGUGAAAAUGGCAAAAUUUUUGUAUGCAACCAGGAAGAAAAUAUCAAACCUAAGAACAUAGUUGAGAAGAUAGACUUUGACAGUGUUUCUGGAAUAAUGGCAUCUUCUCAAUAAGUUUUCUUAUAACAAGCUAAAUGUUAUUUUAUGUACAGAAUGAGUGUUGCAGCUGGCUAAUAAAAUCAGUGAAUCAAUUAA